CCCCCCCUACCCCGCCGCCGGGCUCCGGGCUGCCGGCCCCGCAGCGCUCCGCGAUGGACCCCUGCUCCUCACUCUUCAGCUACGUGUUCAUGCACUUGUUCGUCCUCUGCCUGCAAGCCCAGGUAACUGUUCAGUCCCCACCUAAUUUUACACAGCAUGUGAGGGAGCAGAGCCUGGUGACAGAUCAGCUCAGCCGGCGGCUCGUGCGCACCUACCAGCUGUACAGCCGGACCAGUGGGAAGCACGUGCAGAUCUUGGACAACAAGAAAAUCAAUGCGAUGGCUGAGGACGGGGACGUGCACGCCAAGCUCAUCGUCGAGACCGACACCUUUGGGAGCCGUGUGCGCAUCAAGGGGGCGGCCACGGGGUUCUACAUCUGCAUGAACAAGAAGGGGAAGCUGAUCGGCAAGAGUAACGGCAAAGGCAAGGACUGCGUGUUCACCGAGAUCGUGCUGGAGAACAACUACACGGCACUGCAGAACGCCAAGUACGAGGGCUGGUACAUGGCCUUCACCCGCAAGGGCCGCCCGCGCAAGGGCUCCAAGACCCGGCAGCACCAACGUGAGGUGCACUUCAUGAAGCGGCUCCCCAAGGGCCACCAGACCACCGAGCCCCACCGGCGCUUCGAGUUCCUCAACUACCCCUUCAACCGCAGGAGCAAAAGGACUCGAAACUCCAGCGCCAGGCUCUAGGGGGGAAAAUCCUCGCUUAAAACAAACAAGGAAAAAAAAAAGAUGGGAAUCCAACCCAACCGAACUGAACGGAUGCUCACCUGAAUGGAUGCUCAGCAGAGAGGUUGGAUAAGGAUGGAGGGAAAGGAUGUGCCUCGAGGUGACGGAGGAUUCACAUGUCCACUAGGGCCAACUGCCCUUGAGUGCCUCGUAGGGAGUCCUGGACCAGUUUGGCACCGCUCACCCAUCAGAGCAUCUGUGGAUAAUUUUUUAUUUUUCAUUUUUUUUAACUACUACGGUGAGGCAGCGGGUGAUGGCUGAUAACUGUUUUUGUUGUGGGUUUUUUUUUUUGUUUUUUUGUUUUUUUUUCCAUCUUCAAAAUGUGAGCUUUUCACCAAAAAUUGACUUUCUUUAAAAAAUCAGGUGGAUUUUUUCAUUUGUCAAAUUAAAGAAGCUGACAAAUCACUGCAGAGCCCCUUUGGGCUGUUUUGUGGUAGUAUUCGGUUUGGUGCUUGACUCUUCCAUCCUCAGCUGUCUCUUCCAGGUUUGCUCUCUCAUCUUUGCCCUCGGAAAAGAGAGGGUUUCCGUAACAGCUUCUGUUGAUGGAGGCCCAGACUUUUAUUUAGGUCAAAAAAGGAUCCAGGGGAAGAUGAAAUCCUUUGAGUGAGCAAACCCAGCCCCACUCCGCUCAUGCUGCCCUGGGACUGCCUCUCUCCAAAGGGUUAAAGCAAUUAUUCUUAAUGGGGAGGGCAAACAAAGACACUGGAUAGAAGCCAGGACCAGGGGUGAAUUUUCAUCCAAUUUUUUUUAUUUUUAUUUUUUUCCUGUUUCCUUGAGGAUUUUUUUUUUUUUCAGUUGUGUACAAAAUUUAAUGUGAAAUGAUUUGAAAUAUUUAUUUAAU